GCCUGUGGGGCUGGCUGCCUGGGAAGCCCGACCAUGAGCAGGGUGUGGGUGCCCUAACCGAUCUCUUCAGGAGCAGCAGCUGGAGUUGACCGGAGAUGGGCAAUCAAUCGGGGCGCCUAGAGGAGCUGGAACCAGGUACCAUUUCAUCCACCAAGCGGACGGGGAUUCCAGCCCCUCGAGAACUUUCUGCACCUACCUCGAGAGAGAGAACCGCCCUGAGAGGUCCCUCCAGUGCAAAGAAACCAAUCCCCAGCCCGAUAUCUUCCAGUACCCCAACUCCCACCAAGCACUUAAGAGGCAACAGUAAAUCCAAGUUAGAGAAUGAUGCCGGGGACAAGGCAAUGCUGGAAUCCCAGGUCCGGGAACUCCUGGCAGAAGCUAAAACAAAAGAUUUUGAAAUCAGUAAGCUCCGGAGUGAACUCAAGAAAUUCAAAGAGAAAGGCUCCCCGAAUGCUGCAGAAGGAUCUGAUGCUCUUGGCCAGAAUGGCGACGAACUACCAUCUUCCCCUGCAGAUCUGGAUCCUUUGAUAAGAACUCUUCGGUUGAAGAACAAGAAUUUUGAAAAAGAGCUCGUAGAUCUUGGGGAAGAAAACCGGGCUCUGAAAGAGAAACUGGCUUAUAUGGAGCAUUCCCCCAGCUCGGAGGCUGCCACGAGCAAUGAUGGGGGCAGCAGCCUACCCACACCAACAACUCAAGAAGAAUCAAGCUUUGGAAGCCCAACGAGAAACCAGAUGUCAGGGGAGACAGAGGAGUAUAAACAGAGUAUGACCGGGAAUACCCUCCGGACAUCUGGGUCCUCGAGCAGUGAUGUGACGAAGGCUUCUCUGUCCCCGGAUGCUUCUGAUUUUGAGCACAUCGUCGAGGCUCCUUCCCGGCCCUUGUCCUCUGGCAGCAUCACCUUCAAGAGCCCCCGGUGCUCCACGGGGGGCAGCUCCCCCAACAACAUCAGCGAGCUGUCUGUAGCUUCCCUCACCGAGAAGAUCCAGAAGAUGGAAGAGAACCAUCACAGCACCACUGAAGAGCUCCAGGCCACCUUGCAAGAGCUGUCAGACCAGCAGCAGAUGGUCCAAGAGCUGACGGCCGAGAACGAGAAGCUGGCGGACGAGAAGACCCUGUUGGAGACGUCCUUCCACCAGCACAGAGAGCGGGCCGAGCAGCUGAGCCAGGAGAACGAGAAGCUGAUGAACCUCCUGCAGGAGCGAGAGCAGGAAGACGAGUCCAGUGGCCAGGACAGCAAGGUCAAGGAGCUCGAGCAGAGGUGCAGCGAGAUCCUGGAGAAUGCCAAGUUCGAGAGGGAGAAGCUGCUCAACAUCCAGCAGCAGCUGACCUGCAGCUUGCGGAAGAUCGAGGGCGAGAACCAGGGGGCCGUCGAGAUGAUCAAGUGUCUGAAGGAGGAGAACCAGCAGCUGAAUGGGCUUUUGGACAGGGAACGGCACAACAACAGCCUGGCCACCCAGGCUCUGGAGGACUGCCGGAUCACCCUGGAGGGGCUCAAGAUCGAGAACGCCUCCCUGAAGGCCCAGCUGGAGAGCGAGAAGCAGAGGGUGGCGGAGAUGAGUGCCCAGGGCCAAGGGAGGGAUAGCUCCGAGGUGCAGGACAAGCUCAAAGUGGCCCGGGCUGAGAAGGACCAGCUGGAGCUGUCCUGUAUCGAACUCAAGCAAGAACUACUGAAGGCCAACAGUGAGAUCCAGCACAUUCAGAAUAUGCUCAGCAAGGUGGAGAAGGAAUGUGGUUAUCUAAAAGAGAUAUGCGACCAACAGUCAGAACAGCUGAAUCAGACCAGUCUGCAGUUUCAAGAGAAAGCCUCAGAGAGUGACGCCGAGAUCAAGGACAUGAAGGAGACCAUCUUUGAGCUUGAAGACCAGGUGGAGCAGCACCGAGCGGUUAAAUUGCACAAUAACCAGCUAAUAAGUGAACUUGAAAGUAAUGUGAUAAAACUUGAGGAACAGAAACUGGAACUGGAGCAGCAGCUGAAGACCCUGACAAAACAGAUAAAGGAGGAAACGGAAGAAUGGAGGCGAUUCCAAGCUGACCUUCAGACCGCAGUGGUGGUGGCCAAUGAUAUCAAGUGUGAGGCCCAACAGGAGCUUCGUACAGUCAAGCGGAAGUUACUGGAGGAAGAAGAGAAGAACGCCAAGCUCCAGAAAGAAUUGGGGGCCGUUCAGGGCAACAGCAGUGCCCUGGUCUCUGCCAGCUAGCACAUCCCGGAGCAAGAAAAAGACAGACCUGCCCUUGCCAUGACUGGACACUUCAGCCUCUUCUGCCUGAAGGGGGAAAUCUUUAUAGGAAAAGAGCAUUUCUUUACAAAGAGCCAAAUUAUUUCCCAAGUAAUUUCCCACCAUCUCACACCGUGGGAAUCCAGUCUGUUUGUGUUACACCCCAUUGUGGAUGGAGUCACCACCCUGGUCAGCCUUAACAUCCUUCAUCCUUUUUCUUCAGUCCUUUUUCUCCCAAGAUGCAACAGGUUUUCUUUUCAAAAUGAAAACAGAAAUCUCUCUGGAUACGUUAUCCCCCUAGCACACACAAAAGACGAGUGAAAAGUUUCAAGAGCUUGGGGUUGCCCAUGGAAGAACACCAAAACACCCCCAGCCUUUCCAGGACAUCUCAGGACCACCCUGAGUACAAAAUGGCCAAGAGCUUAUGAAUUGGAAUUUCGUUCAGUUCUCCAUUACUCGUCUUCGUGGAAGAGAAAAGCGGCGUGGGAAUUCCAACAUGGUGGAGAGCCCAAGACUGGGGUUUUGUUUGUUCAUUUUGUUUUGUUUUGGCAUGUAUGUGUGUUUUUUUAUUUUCUAUUUCCAUUUUAACAUGAAUAUUCUAGGAAGUCACAACACUUUAAACAAAAUAAUGAAGCCAUACUGUGAAGACUCGACUUGGACAUAGCCAGAAAGCUGUCCAUCCUCUUCAUCCUACUUCCUCCUUCACCCCUGAGGAGGUAGCCUGUAUCAGCGCGCCAAGCAUGGUUCCAGCCCCAAGGGUUUUUCUGGUAGAUCAUAGAAUGGAUGCAAGGAAGAGUUGAUAGCAAUGGAUGACCAGCAGAGGAUGUAGUUGAGCAAGCAGAGGAAGACAGUUGAUUCUAUUAACUGAAAGCCAAAGGCAACUACCAGAUGGAUGGAACCAACCUGCCUUGGACCCCUAUGGGCUUUUUUUUAAUGGGACGUACGCUAGGUGGCGAUGUCUGCCCUCCCCCCCCCCCCAAGUGGAACAAGGUGUCUGAUAAAGGUGGUGGAAACUUUUCUGGACACAUCCUAGAGUUAGUUUGUGCCUUUGGAAAGAUCUGGAUUGAAUUCAGCAAAUCCCAAUAGUCAGAAACCUCCCUAAAUUGAGGGUCUGGUUAACAUAACAGGCAAUACAAAAUGGGGUGGGGAUGGUUUUGUUUCUUCUUUUUUCUUUUUAAUUUUUUUUUUUUGCAGCAUUUAAUUAUUCAAUGCAUGGGGCAAGAGUAAUUGCCCACCAGCUAUAACGUCAGGGAGGGUGGAAGUCUGUGUAGCUUCACUCAGGGCAAGUGUACCGUCAGGGAGGCUUUGCCUGGUGUCAGUAGAGAAUCAUUAGAAGAUCUCUCUGGGACAUCAGAAGAAAGGCUUCCCGUGCCUCUGCACAAUGUAUUUCAGAAACUGCCUCGAUUUGGCCUCUUGUGGGUUCUGGGUCAUGCAGCUUUGCUGUCUCCCUAGCAGUGACUGCAUGCCAAGGAGGGUGCCCGACACAUGAAUGGACAAGCUCCCCUACCCACAGCCCUUUGGGCUCUCCUUGCACCAUCUGUAUCCGCUACUGGCUUUUCUAUGUGAAAACUCUACUAAUAAAUAAA